AUGGGAUACGUUGAGUUAAUGGGGUAUUCGUGGGUUUACAAGUUUUUCUCUGCCUUAUACAUCGGCUUGCUAAUAUAUUUUUGAAACUAUUUUGUGGUUUGAUAUUAUGUCGAUGGUAGGCAGGAUAUGAUUUAUUGUGUUACUAAUGGUUUAUGUCUAAUCUCUGUCGCGAACUCUUGUCUCUCAAAGUCGCGAGCCGGACCCCCCUCUUCACGAGUUCUUACGUUUUACGCGCCAAAUCUAGCUGUUUGCUAUAUUUGUUCUAGUGUCAUUUUUACGUACCGAUUUGAACAAACGCGGGUAUCGCGUCACUUCCAUCGGCACACAAAUUCUUGAGCCUUGACUUAGUCUUGCAAUUCAUUCUACUCAUCAACCGACCUCAGCGGAGGUCGUGACCACAUUUUUUUAUCGUGGUUUUUUUUUUAUUUAUAUGGUUUUUACUAUUUUUUUAUUUGGUUACUAUUUUUUUAUUUAUUCGAUUUUUAUUAUUUUUUUAUUGUAAGAUAUAGUUGCGCGUAUAUUUUACAAUAAAUGUUCCUUAUGUUAUAUUGUAUUAAUUAUGCUAAUUUUAGAUUGCAAAUGAGUGGUUUACUUGCUCAGUGUAGUUCUCAAUCUGUUGAUAGGCCGAUUUUGUCCAUUUCACCGUCACUUUUCGAUUUGUUGAGGGAGCCUCCAUUGUCAACUAGGAAGGAAGCAGUAAGUUGUACUUUUUUUAAAUUUUAUGAGGAAAAAAGAUUUUGACAAGAAAUUAGUAUUUAGUAUUAGCUUUAUAUUUGUACAGUUUUGAAUAUUACAAUUUUAUAAAAUUUAUAUUUCAGAUGAAAAUGGCUCCAAGACUUGUAAAGUCGACAGGUCGAAAACCUCAGCAAAGAAUUGGACGUGCUUUAGAAAUGCUUAUCAUGAAGUAUCCCUAUGCCAGAGCUGUUUGCCAUCACAUGGACGACUUUAAAUUGGACAUAGACUACGUUCCCAGCACUAAAGUCUCGUAUCUCGAACAAAUCUACGAAAGAAUCGGGACUUUGGGCAACGGAUCGUUUGGAGUGGUAUAUCAUGUUAAACACAGAAGAACUGGCGAAGAGUUUGCGGUAAAAUGCUUGACAGAUUUCUACAAAGGAAAAAACGACAGAGCAAACAAGAUCCGAGAAGUCUUCAUACAUCAGAAGGCGAUGAAGCAUGGUAAUGUUCUGCAGAUGAAAAUGGCAUGGGAAGAGUGGGAUAAGUUGUACAUGGUGACAGAGCUGUGCUCCUCCACUAUGAUCGGACUGAUGCAAGACAAUAUCCCAGAGUCAUUGGCGUGGACUGCAUUGGUGGACAUGACUCAUGUAAAUAGAUGUUACCUAAAAAUUAAUAUGUUUUAUCAGAGUUUUAUUUUUAUUAACGUUGACGAAGGAACUUGUUUAAUAUCUACAACAAUGCUUUAAAAGUUUAAUAAUUCUGCUUUUUUAGGCUUUGGACUUUCUUCGUCAAAUCAGAAUUAUCCACAACGACAUCAAGCCAGAGAAUAUUUUUGUCGACCAGAACGGGGUCUUCAAGCUUGGUGACUUUGGAAUGGCAAUUGAUUUGGAGCUCGAAACUCCAGAAAUGGGAUUGAGAGAAGGAGACAGUCAGUACCUGGCAACUGAAGUCUUAAAUUUUGGACCGUCGUUUGCUUCUGACAUGUUCUCUCUUGGCUUGACUAUAUUCCAGUUCUCAACAGACUUGUUGGUACCUCAUGGAGGCACGCAACGGUGGCACGAGUUGAGAACUUUGAAUAUUGAUGGUUCUAUUACGAAGUGUAAGUUUAGUUUGAUGUUUUCUAGUAUGAACGGUUUAAAAUUGUAUUUGAGUUGUACUAACUUGUGACUUUUAGUGAUUUCCGAAGAACUGAAGGAUAUUAUCUUCCACAUGAUGGACCCAGAUGCUUCAGCUCGGAUUACAUCCGCAGAACUCCUGGAGCUGCCUGAGUUGAGUUCAAGAAUGCCGACGACGCCAUCUUUCUUCAAAAAAUUUGUAAGUUUCAAUAACUUUUGUCAAUGAGAGUUGUAUACCUUUAUAAUGGAUUUUGAAUAUCGUUAAAUAUUAAAGCAAACUAAAUAACAUGAUUUCAGCAAGCUCAAUGCUCCAACGUUGCUAAGAUGUUGGGAUUGACUCAGCCAAAGGCGAUAAACCUUCGAGAAGAGCACCAUCGAGAAUACUCUCAAGCCAAACUGGAAUUCUCUCCAUCUACCUCUACCAGAGCGUCGCCUGGUGGUCUUGCUAAGGCAUUGGAAAACAAACGGUGGCGUUCCGAGUAUACUGUAACUCCGCCACGUUCGGCAAAGUCCAUGGGUCUGCGCAGUCCAACCAGUCAAAGGAAGAGAUUGGCCAGUAUGAGAUCGUCGCUUGGUGAACGGCUGAGCGGAUUGCACUCAGAAGGCCCUACCAAGGCGGACCACCGACCCCCGGUCCCAAAAUUCUAA